UUCGCAAUCCACACCAGUCCACAACUCCACCUAGCUCUACCAACGUACUCAAAUCGACCCAGCUCACAGCUCCGGAAAGUUUACUUAACUCCCUAGUUCCUAGUUCCGGAGCGUCUCCGGUUUCCCCAGUGACUUUUGUAUGGAACAGGCCUUUCUCCUCGCACUGGUCUCUGUCAUGAGUCUUCCCGGCAAACUAUGUAAGCUCGCAGUACCUCCGUCCGCCUUUCUUCGCCGCACCCUCUUCAUAUUUUUCUUUCCAUUUUUCAUUCGACCUCGGGAUUCAUUUAACCAGACCCUCACCGGACUACUUAUCACAGGAUUGCUAGAUGACCCCAACAUCUUACGGUUUCCCACUACUGACUGACCAUUGCCACUGUCAUCCCAAAUUUGAAAUGAUAGAUAUCUCAUUGAGGCUACCUAUUAUGCCGC